UCCCAUUUCCACAUCACAGGGGGGGCUCUUGGUCUCCACUAAUCUCUACUCUUCUAUUUCUGCUUCACAACCUUGCCAUUCUCCCUCUCACAGACGCACCAUGAACCGGCAAUUCAGUUCCAGAUCAUUUUCAACGGGGGGAAGGAGGAAUUACUCUGUUUCCAAUAGUGGCUUCCGAGUGGGCAACAGUUCAACCUCUGUCAUUGGAGGAGUGGGAUCUUUUGGUGGUGGCUUUGGCAGCAGAAGCCUCUACAACGUUGGUGGAAGCAAACGGAUUUCGAUGGGCCUAGCUUCCAGUGGUGGUGGAGGAGUUCACUUUGGAAGAAGCUUGGGUGGCGGUCUGGGAUUCAGCAGUUAUAGCUCAGGAUAUGGAGGUUAUGGUGGUGGGGUUGCCCUCGGUGGUGGCAUUGGUCUGGGUAGUCAUGUUGGAGGCUUUGGUGGUGGUAGUGGAGGAGGAUAUGCACUUUCAGGCUCAAUGCCUUGCCCACCGCCUGGGCGAAUCCAUAACAUUAUAGUGAAUAAGAACUUACUGACUCCUCUGCAUGUGGAGGUUGAUCCUGAGAUUCAGAGGGUCCGGGUGCAAGAGAGGGAACAGAUUAAGACCCUCAACAACAAGUUUGCCUCUUUCAUCGACAAGGUGCGAUUCCUUGAGCAACAGAAUAAAGUCCUGGAAACCAAAUGGGAUCUUCUGUGCCAACAAGGCUCUCCAGCCCUAAGGGACAAUCUUGAACCUAUUUAUGAGGCUUACAUAGAAACUCUUCGAAGGCAGUUUGACAGCCUCUGCAAUGAUAAAAAUCAUUUGGACAUAGAACUGAAGAACACACAAGAGCUUGUGGAGGAUUUCAAGAACAAAUAUGAAGAUGAAAUUAACAAACGGACAGCUUGUGAAAACGAUUUUGUGGUGCUCAAAAAGGAUGUGGACGGCUCUUAUAUGCACAAAAUAGACCUGGGAUCCAAGGCUGACUCCUUGACUCAAUAUAUCCAGUUCUUAAGAGCCCUCUUUGAUGCGGAGCUGGCUCAGCUGCACUCACAGGUUAAGGAGACGAAUGUUACUCUACAAAUGGACAACAACCGAGAUCUGGACCUCAACAGCAUCAUUGCUGAAGUCAAGGCUCAGUAUGAAGACAUUGCCAAUCGGAGCAGAGCUGAGGCCGAGGCAUGGUACCAAACUAAGUUCCAAGAAUUGCAAUCUACAGCUUUCAAACAUGGAGAUGACUUAAAAACAACCAAAGAUGAGAUAGCAGAUAUGAGCCGAAUUGCCCAAAGACUUCGCUCCGAAAUUGAAAUUUUGAAUAAAGCAAUUAGCAGCCUGCAGUCCUCUUUACUAGAAGCUGAGCAACGUGGGGAGUUAGCCCUGAAAGAUGCUCAGACAAAGUUGCUUGAUCUGCAGACUGCCUUAGCAUCAGCAAACGAUGAGCUGGCUCGCCUGAUGCGGGAUUAUCAACAACUGUUGACUGUGAAACUGGCCUUGGAUAUUGAGAUUGCUACAUACAGAACCCUGCUAGAGGGAGAGGAGUAUCGGAUGUCGGGCGAGUUUGAAAACCCUGUCAAUAUCUCUGUGAUCAGCAGCUCGAGUACCAUCAGUGGUGGAGGAGGAGGAGGAGGAGGAGGAGGAUACAGUGUCGGUGGGGGAUCUGGCUAUGGAGCUGGAGGAGGAGCUGGAUACACUAUCAGUGGAGGAUCCAGUGGAUUAAACAUGGGUGGUGGUGGCGGAGGUUACAGCCACAUUAGCGUUGGAGGAGGAAAAGUGAGUCGGUUUAGUAGUGGGGGCAGCUUAAGUGGAUCUGGAAGCCUCACAGGGGGCGGAUACACCUAUGGUGGGGGGAGUUCAGGCAUGAAGAUAGUAUCAUCCACAAGCUCCUCAAACAAGAGAAUAAUCAGCUAAGGUUUCCAAAAGCAGAGGUCACUUCCUGCUUUAACAAAAGAGUCUCUUGUUACCACACCUCUACCAACACAACAUAUAGUACUUUCUGAAAAUUAAGCAGUCCCCACAAUUGCCCAUACCUCCUCUACAAUCCUCUACAUUUACAGGGUAAAAGGCCUGCUGGAAUGGCACUUGUAAGCCUAAGUUAUGAUCAGGAGAUUGGUCUACUAUUGCAACCCUUCCAGGCUGUAGGUGGGUGAUCACAUACUUGGAAACUUUCCCUCUUCUUUGCUUUCUAAAAGGAAAGGGCCUCCUUGCUUGUAGAAGACCAGUGUGUCAGGGCUUCAAGCCCAUUUUUUCUCCCUGACAUGCUAGUUUUGCAUGAAUAGGCACAUUUUCUGAUCAGUGACAGAACCAUUUCAAUCAUGUAAUUAUCCACCUUCAGGCUUAAAAGUGGCCCAUCCCAGAAAGGCAGAAGAAGCAAGUUGAUGUGAUUAUUCUGAUUGUGUGUUUUUCACCUCAUCUCUCUUUACAUGCUCUGCUGCAUAGAUCAUUGUAAUUUGCCCUGCACCCUUAUGUUGUUGGGUUAGUGCUUCUGUGAAUGGAAUGGUGCUUCCCAUAUUGCCUUCCUCCAUGUUGUCAGCUGAAGUGUUGCAAAACUUCAUAGGAAGCAGGUAACAUACUUUGUCUCUUUACUUCUCUGCUUCAGUGGCUUUGCACAAGCCCAUCUUGUCACAAAGAGAAUACACAAAAUUGCAGAUGAAGAGCUAAACAACAGUAGCAUCCAACAGACAUGCUACUUUUAUAAGCUCUGUUUAAAGGAUCACUUUAUUGUACAUCCUGUUUUUAAAUUCUAAUGUACAGUAGUUCAUGUGAGUUUCAAGCACUAUACCAUCCUCUAAUGUUAACAAAAGGCAAAAUGCAAGCUUCUGGCUAUUUCCUCAUCCACAGUGCACCUCCUGGAAUAAUCUAUUGUCAAUAAACUCUCAUGCUGCAAUAAAUACUGUCAUUUUUUUA